AUGCAAAACAACAACAACAACAACAAUAGUUUGAUUAGAAAAAGUAAUAUUAAUUCUUCUGGAUAUAGAAUAUCGGGUGAUCAAAGUAUUGUGGAUGAAAACAAUUCAAACUCAGAGUUUGGACUACAGCAGCAGCAACAUAAACAAAUUUCAACAGAGAAUCCAGUGUCUCCUGACAACAAUACAAAAAGCAGUCAUGUCACCACUAUAGCUACUUCUCCUCCUAUUUUUAUAGUUGAUAAAUAUUCUGAUGAUCAAAUUUAUUCCCCUUCGACGGCAUCUUACUUUUAUAUCAAUAAUAAUAAUAAUAAUAAUAAUAGUAGUAGUUCUCAACAUAGCGAUACAAAGGUUUUAUCACCUUGGGUAAAUAAUCAUAUUCCAACAACAAAAACUAUCCCCUCCUCUGGACAUCCUACAACAACAACAACAACUAUAGCAACUACAACAAAAACUAAUCUUUCUGAAAAAUCACUGCCAUUAUUGUUGGUAGAGUUGGUUGAAAAUGUAAAAAGAGAAGAAAUAUUAAAUGAGAUUGCUCGGGCCUCCAAUCGAGUGUGUAAUACAUUGAUUUUAUUUCAAACAAUUGCCAAUAACCCAGAAUAUAGAAUACUUUUAGUCAAUGCAAAAAUAUUUGUUUAUAUUUAUCCAUUUUUAAAAACAGUUGCAAAAACAAAACCUUUUGAAUAUCUUAGAUUUUCUAGUUUGUCUGUUAUUAGUUCCAUCAUCAAAGUUGAAAUCAAGGAUGUUUUGAAAUUCCUUUUAGAAAGUGAUAUUUCGGUUCCUUGUUUGAAAAUAAUGGAGUUUGGUAGUGAAUUGUCAAAAACAGUAUCAACAUUUAUAAUUCAAAAAUUAUUAAAUGAAGAUGAAGGAUUAAACUACUUUUCAAAUACACCAAUUAGAUUGAAAACAAUAUUUUGUUCAUUAAAUGCAAUGGUUGAAGCAAUGUUGCCAGACAAGAUGUCAUCAAGAUUAUUAAAGCAUAUUAUAAGAUGUUAUCUUCGUCUCUCUGAUAACUCUAGAGCUAGAGAAAUGUUAUCUUCUCAAUUGCCCUUAUGUUUUUCCAAUGGACAAUUAAAUGACUUUCUCAACCAAGAAGGUGACAUGAUAGUAAAAAGAUGGUUUCACCAAUUAAUGUCAAACGUUAAUCCACCUCCACCUCAUCCUCGUCAUAGUGUUAAACGACACGAUGAAAAGGUCUUUUAG